GCCACAAGUCUUUCCGCCUCCCCUGCCCGCCUGGGAGCUGGGAGCUGGAUUAUGGUGGCCUGAGCAGCCAGCAGCGCAGCCGCAGGAGCCGGAGCCCCUGCCCCUUCCCACGCCGCCGAGCCCGCCAGGAGGACCGGGAAAGCAGCCACGGCGACCUGCCAUGCCCGCCCCUCCCAGCCCCCCGAGGGGCCGAGCCCGCUGCUGAAGCUGGCCGCCACCGUCCAGAUGUAGCGGGCUCCAGAUCCCAGUCUCUCCCCUUCUCUCGUGCCCUGCGGAUUGCUCCUGCCCGCUCUCCACCGGCCGGGACCCGGGGGCUGGCUGAGGGGCCUGCAGGCUCUGGAGUCCUGAUGCCUCCCAGCUCCCUCCCCUGAGAGGCCACCACCACCACCUAGACUUGGGGGCCGGCAACAGGGACGGACGUGGGCCAGUGCAAGCCCAGAGGGCCCGAAGGCCAGGGCCCACCAUGGCCCAAGCCCUGCCCUGGCUCCUGCUGUGGAUGGGCUCGGGAGUGCUGCCUGCCCACGGCACCCCGCACGGCAUCCGGCUGCCCCUGCGCAGCGGCCUGGGGGCAGCCCCCCUGGGGCUGCGGCUGCCCCGGGAGACGGACGAGGAGCCCGAGGAGCCCGGCCGGAGGGGCAGCUUUGUGGAAAUGGUGGACAACCUGAGGGGCAAGUCGGGUCAGGGCUACUACGUGGAGAUGACCGUGGGCAGCCCCCCACAGACGCUCAACAUCCUGGUGGACACGGGCAGUAGUAACUUUGCAGUGGGGGCUGCCCCCCACCCUUUCUUGCAUCGGUACUACCAGCGGCAGCUGUCCAGCACAUACCGGGACCUCCGGAAGGGCGUGUAUGUGCCCUACACCCAGGGCAAGUGGGAAGGGGAGUUGGGCACCGACCUGGUGAGCAUCCCCCAUGGCCCCAACGUCACUGUGCGUGCCAACAUCGCUGCCAUCACUGAAUCAGACAAGUUCUUCAUCAAUGGCUCCAACUGGGAGGGCAUCCUGGGGCUGGCCUAUGCUGAGAUUGCCAGGCCCGAUGACUCCUUGGAGCCCUUCUUUGACUCUCUGGUGAAGCAGACCCACGUUCCCAACCUCUUCUCCCUGCAGCUCUGUGGCGCUGGCUUCCCCCUCAACCAGUCUGAAGUGCUGGCCUCGGUUGGAGGGAGCAUGAUCAUUGGGGGCAUCGACCACUCGCUGUACACAGGCAGUCUCUGGUACACACCCAUCCGGCGGGAGUGGUAUUAUGAGGUGAUCAUUGUGCGGGUGGAGAUCAAUGGACAAGAUCUGAAAAUGGACUGCAAAGAGUACAACUAUGACAAGAGCAUUGUGGACAGUGGCACCACCAACCUUCGUUUGCCCAAGAAAGUGUUUGAAGCUGCAGUCAAGUCCAUCAAGGCAGCCUCCUCGACAGAGAAGUUCCCAGACGGUUUUUGGCUGGGAGAGCAGCUGGUGUGCUGGCAAGCAGGCACCACCCCUUGGAACAUCUUCCCAGUCAUCUCGCUCUACCUAAUGGGUGAGGUCACCAACCAGUCCUUCCGCAUCACCAUCCUUCCACAGCAAUACCUGCGGCCAGUGGAAGAUGUGGCCACGUCCCAAGAUGACUGUUACAAGUUCGCCAUCUCACAGUCAUCCACAGGCACUGUCAUGGGAGCUGUUAUCAUGGAGGGCUUCUACGUUGUCUUUGAUCGGGCCCGAAAACGAAUUGGCUUUGCUGUCAGUGCUUGCCAUGUGCAUGAUGAGUUCAGGACGGCAGCGGUGGAAGGCCCUUUUGUCACUCCGGACAUGGAAGACUGUGGCUACAAUAUUCCACAGACAGAUGAAUCAACCCUCAUGACCAUAGCCUAUGUCAUGGCUGCCAUUUGCGCCCUCUUCAUGCUGCCACUCUGCCUCAUGGUGUGUCAGUGGCGCUGCCUCCGCUGCCUGCGCCAUCAGCACGAUGACUUUGCUGAUGACAUCUCCCUGCUCAAGUGAGGAGGCCUAUGGGCAGAAGAUAGAGAUUCCCCUGGACCACAUAUGGGUGGUUCACUUUGGUCACAAGUAGGAGACACAGAUGGCACCUGUGGCCAGAGCACCUCAGGACCCUCACCUACCCACCAUAUGCCUCUGCGUCGACAGAAAAGAAGGAAAAGUGGCAAGGUGGGUCAUAGGGAUCAUGCCUGUAGGAGCAGGAGAGGAAAGAAGCACUCUGGUGGUGGGAAUACUCUUGGUCACCUCAAACUUAAGUUGGGAAAUUCUGCUGCUUGAAACUUCAGCCCUGAACCUUCACCCACCAUCCCUUUAAAUUCUCCAACCCAAAGUAUUCCUCUUUUCUUAGUCCCAGAAGUACUGGCAUCACACCCAGGUUACCCCAGCGUAUGUUCCUGUGGUACCCUGGCAGAGAAAGGGCCAAUCUUAUUGCCCUGCUGGCCAAAGUCAGUAGGAGAAGAUGCACAGUUUGCUAUUUGCUUUAGUGAUAGGGACUGUAUAAACACACCUAACAUUGGUGCAAAGACUGCCUCUUAAACAAAAAAUAAUUAGAUUGAAUAAUUGUACAAGUGGGGGUGGCUGGAAAGAAGGGAAGGGGAGGGAAUACAAAGACAGAGAACAGUUGGGAUCAAAGCUAGGAAAGGCAGAAACACAACCACUCACCAGUCCCAGUUUUAGACCUCAUCUCCAAGAUAGAAUCCCAUCUCAUAAGAUGGGUAUCGUUUCCCAAUGUUUUCUUUUCUGUGCUUGCAGCCUGACCAAAAGUGAGAUGGGAAGAAGGGCUUAUCUAGCCAAAGAGCUCUUUUUUAGCUCUCUUAAAUGAAAAGUGCCCACUAAGAAGUUCUACUUAACACAUGAAUAUCUACCUUAUUAAUUCUACUUGUCUCUACCUGAACCCUUUAUUCUACACACGAUAGGUAGUGCUGAAAUAUCCCAACCCCCCUAAGCUCCAGGUGCCCUACAGGAGAGCAAAUGGAAGAUAGCAGGGCUGGGCUCUGUCUUCCUGAUCACAAGUUCAUUUCUUCCCCCAAAUCCCUAUUCCUCUGGAGCUUUGCAGCUGAGGUGCUAAAAGGAAUAGAUAGGAGAUCUCUCCUACCUAAUCUUUGAAAGGAGAAUCCUAAAGAUUAAUUCAACAGCUAUAGGGCUGGUGCCCUAUAGCUCUGCCUGGAUUUCUUCCUGUUCAUCUAUAAGAAGUGGUAAGAUCUUUACACAACACAGCGGUUUCAUUGCCUUCUCACCCUCUCCAAUGGCCCCUCCAUUUGUUUGACUAAGAGGCAUCAUACAGUGGCACUAGUAUUAUAUCAAGAGUGUCAGAAAUGCAGGGCUUUCUGGCUCUAAUGUCAUUGCCUUCAGUAUCAAGGCUGCCUAGAGAAAGGAUGGCAGCCUCAGGGCUUCCUUAUUUCCUUCAUCACAAAAACCCCUUGAUGGAGGCCAUCUGUUUCUUCUAUCCUGCUCUCCACUCUCCACUCCUAAUAGCACGUGGGUACCCAGGCUGGUUCUUGGGCUAGGAAGUGGGGACUAAGUUCAUUAUCUCCCUAUCAGUUCUAACACAGUAGACUAUGAUACCAGUGUUAGUGGGAAGACCUAAACUUUCCUGGUAUACCCAUCGCAUCCUAUUCCCAUCUGGUUAACACACUGUUUCCAGGUACGCGACCUGCCAAGUGUAGAAUUACCUGAUGGGGGAGAGGGAAAUACAAGAAGGGCCUCUGGAGUUCCUGGCCUCAGCCAGCUGCCCACAAGCCAUAAACCAAUAAAACAAAAAUAUUGAGUCAGUUUUUUUAUCUGGGUCCUCUUCAUUCUCAUUGCACUUGGUGCUGCUUUGGCUGACUGGGAACACCCCAUAACUACAAAGACUGACAGGAAGACUGGAAACUGUCCACUUCCAGCUCAGAACUUACUGUGUAAAUAAACUUCCAGAAUUGCUACCAUGAAAUGAAAAUGACACAUUCUGCUUUAUAAUUUCUAUCCAUGUUGGGGAAGACUGGCUUUUUCCCAGCCCUUUCCAGGGCAUAAAACUCAACCCCUGCAUUACUAAGUCCCAUUGUCUUUUUUUUUUUUUUUUAAAGAAAACAUGCACUUAUUUUCUUUUCAUAGUUACUUCCUUUCUAUCUUGAAACUAUGAACUCUAAGUAUAUAAAAAAAAAAAUCUUGACAACAGCUUCUUGCUCGUAAAAAUAUGUAUUAUACAUCUCUAUUUUUAAAUUCUACUCCCGAAAAAUGACUGUCUCGUCUCCACUCACUGUAUCUGGGGCCUUCCCCAUUGGUCUGCAUGGCUUUUACCACUGCAGGCCAGCGGACCGAGAGAGAAGGGAGAACAGGGGUGGCGAAAACUUAAGUAUUGCUUUCUUAUUAUCAUGAACAAGAAAGAAAAUAGUAACAGAGGCCCCAGCUCCCAUGCACAACUCUCCAAAACACUUACCCUCUGCUAGAGUUGGCUUUUCAGGGACUAUACUGGGAAGCAGUUAAGCCCUCUCUUCACUCCCUCCUUUUUUCUCUCUCUACUCCUUUGGCUUCAAAGAUUUUUGGAAAAGAAACAAUAUUCUUUACACUCAUUUCCAAUUUCUAAAUUUUCAAGGGAUACUGAAAAUUACUGCAAGUGGCCCAAGGCUGCUACUGCAAAGUUGAAGGGAGAGAAAAUCUUAAGAUUAUAAGAAAAAAAUGAAUCCUUCAAAUGAAAAGAACGAAGGAACUGGUCUUCCCUUAUGCCACCUUUCCUAUUUAUGACAGCUACCAAACUGUAGACAGUAAUAUUUCAUUAACCAAAGAAAGUGGGUCAUCUGACCUCUGAAGAGUUGAGUACUCAGGCCACUCCAAUCAUCCUACAAGAUGCCAAGGAGGUCCGAGGAAAUCCAGCUCCUUAAACUGAUACUAGUCAAUAAACCUGGGCAGGCAAGGCAAGAGAAAACAAGAAUUCAUCUAUGAAGUCACAGGCACAGAUGAACAAUAAAGGAAAAUAGUAACAAACAGAAAGGAGAGAAUUUAGUUGGGCAAAGAAAAAGUCUUUGCCACCCUGAUAUAGUAUCAAUAAGCAUUUCCAGGUCCCAGAAUGGAAAACAUUCAGUUGCUGGUAAUAUAAUAAUGUCCUUUCUCUGGGGCCAAUUUUUUUUUCAAUUGACACUGAGUUUUUACUUGUUUAAUUCCAAAAGAGAAGGGAGCUGAAGCCAUUUCCUGUAGGAGCAAAGAUAAAAGGAUAGGAAAAGAUUCAAAGCUCUAAUAGAGUCACUGCUUUCCUAGGUAUCAAACCUAAAAACCAGAAGUGCAAUAAGCAGAGGUGGAAAAAUGAUCUAGUUCUGUAUAGCUAUCCACAGAACAACUGAUUUAUAAACUUGAAAUCCAAACGUCUUUCUUCAUAUCACUUUGGUCUCCAUUUUUCCCAGGACAGGAAACAUGUAGCUUUUUUGCUUCAAAAAUUAAAACCUAGCAUCCCAAGAUCAUUCUGCAAGUAAUUUUGCACAGACAUCUCCUCACCCCAGUGCCUGUCUGGAGCUCACCCAAGGUCACCCAACAACUUGGUUGUGAACCAACUGCCUUAACCUUCAGGGGGGAGGGGGGUUAGCUAGACUAGGAGACCAGAAGUGAAUGGGAAGGGGUGAGGACUUCACAAUGUUGUCCUGUCAGAGCUUGAUUAGAAGCCAAGCCAGUGGCAGCAAGGGAUGGCUUGGCCUAGGAAAAACCUGUGGGUUGUGCUAAUUUCUAUCCAGGAAGAAGGGUGGACAGAAACAUGUAGGGGCACGGAGGAAAUGGGACCUGGUUAUGUUGUAAUUCUUGGACUGUGAAUUUUGCUGAUGUAAAACAGAAUAUUCUGUAAACCUAAUGUUUAUGUAUAAAUAAUGAGCGUUAACACAGUAAAAUAUUCAAUGAAAAGUCAAA